AUGGGCUCGCAGCCAGAACGGGCCGAGGCCUCCAAGGUCGAUCUCUCAGACAUCGGCUACACACCCAUGGCCCAGGUGUCGGAACCGUGGUCGCACGACAAGGUGCUCGAGACGAUCCCCGACGAUGAGCUCGGCGAGAUUUCCGGUUCCCGCUCGCCCCUGGCCUUCUUCCACUUGCUUGAGCGCCUAAAGACGACGAAGCGUGAGGGCUGGCGCCGCUUCGGCAUCAACAGGGGCGAGUCCAUCGCCGAUCACAUGUACCGCAUGUCCAUCAUCUCCAUGUUUGCGCCCCCGUCGUUGGCACCUCGGCUCGACAUGGGCAAGUGCGUCAAGAUGUGCCUCGUUCACGACAUGGCCGAGCUGCUGGUCGGCGACAUUACGCCCUGCGACGGUGUUGCUAAGCCGGAGAAGAGCAGGCGCGAGACGGAGACGAUGGACUUUCUGACCGGCAAGCUCGUCUCGGCCGUUCCCGGCGGCGCGGCCACGGCGGCCGAGCUGCGGGCCAUCUGGCAGGAGUACGAGGACUCCGAGACCAUCGACAGCCAAUACGUGCACGACGUCGACAAGAUGGAGCUGCUGCUGCAGAUGGUCGAGUACGAGAAGCGCGGCCGGGGCACGCUCGACCUCGGCGAGUUUGCCAACGUCAGGAGAAAAAUGAUGCUGCCGGAGAUAAUUGCCUGGGCGGACGAGGUGCUGCAGGAGAGGGGCCGCUUCUGGGGCGCCGUCGAGCACGUCCGAGGGGAGCAUGGCAUCGACGGCGGCGUGGCGGCGGAGAGGAGCGAGCAGCAGGAGGCUUACUAUCAACGGGACUGA